UCGUCGUUUUCUAGUGUUUUGUUGCUUUUCUUUUGGCUGUGUCUAUUGAUAUUCGCGUUGAUGUUAAUUCAUUUGUAGUUUCCAAGCCCAUUUCUUUCUGCGACUUUUCUGAUUUGCUCGCUGAUGAUUUGGACAUCUGCUGCCUGCUGAGUGUUUGUUUGUCACUCUCGUGUCUCCUCCUUUGUUGUCUUCGAGCUGCUGCUGUCGCGGCUUCCCUGCGCCGCUCCAUUUGUAAGGGCUUUUUCCUGUCCUCUUUGUUUCUAGCGGCGUAACGUUGGUUUCGCCUUUCAGGGAAGAAAGGGGAUUGUCCCUUCCUUAUCUGAAAGGAGGGAAAAGACAGGAGAGUUUGAGUACUACGCCAGCGUGGUGAACGUCCCGUGUAUCCGAAGUACGGUAUUCAUUCUUUUUAACAUCAGUCGAUGGAGAAGAAGGGCUUCCCUGUCGUUUUUCGACAAGGCGGAUCGCUGGUGCUUCGCUCCGUGUUCAUUCGUCGUUUUUGUCAUCAGCUCCGCCUUGGUCAGCAGCUGCAUUUGUUCACGUCAUCAGCUCCGCCAUCGUCAGGAGCUCCAUCUUUCCUUAUCCCUUGUUGGGCUCAUCGUCAUCAUCGUCACCUGGUCACGUCAUCAGCUCCGCCAUCGCCAGGAGUUUAUCUUUCUUUACCCACGUGUCGGGCUCGUUGUCAUCAUUGUCAUCGUCAUGGUUAUUGUCAUCAUCAUCGUCAUGCUUGUCAUGGGCAAGUUGAGCUUUGAAGCCCCUUGAUGUCACGACUGGGAUCGAUAAAAUGGUUGUGGUUUUCAAGCCCACGCGAAUCCCCGUGAUAUGCACGUAUUCCUCUGAAGUUGUCACUGGGAUGAUUUGCGAUGGGGUUUGUCACAUAUCGGGCCUUGGAUCUUAUGGAUGGAGGAUUUGAACGAAUGUGCUGCGUUGGGCGCGGUUUCUGUUGUUUUUGUUACAGUAUUUACUGUAGUAGUAUGUGGAAUGGCUAUCUCAUUACAGUGGAUUGCGGGGGCGAGGGAGCUGUUCCGCCUUACUUUUCUGUGAAAGAUGCCCCCGGUGGUCCUUAUGCGCACAUGGUGAUCUGACUGCUUUUGCCGUGUUGGUUAGGAGAGAGUAGGAGAUUAGGAUAUCCUACCAGUUGCUUCUUGUUUGUUGAACACAUGUUUUCACGGUAGACGCGUGGGGAGCGGUAGCUAUCCUUGACUUGCUAUUUUGUUCGUAUGACGAAUUGGAGGUAUGUGUUGUUCUGAGUUAGCCGUCGAGGGAUGGAGGGAGUGGGCGGCUGCGGGGCAAGGGGAGCGGGAGGGCAGCGGCGGGGGGUGGGGAGCAUUAGGAGUUGCGGCGGUGGGGCGUGUGGAGUGGGAGUUGGGAGCGUGGUGGCAGCGAUGCGAGUGGAGAGGGAGCUGGGCUGCAGCGGGGCGAAGGGGAGGAGUUGGGGGGUGGCGAGACGCGGGGAAGCAGGAGUUGAGAGUGGACCAGCGGUACGGCAGGCAUUCUAGCCGGCAAUAGGUAUAUAUGAUGAUGUUUUGACAUCCUGAGUGCUAAGUCUGUUCUCAUCCAGAAACUGUUCGUACGAGAUGUUUGAGCCGGCUUAUGGUGCAGGUAAUGUUUUUUUCGCUCCGAUCCCUUUGAUUAAGCCCCGGCGGGGAAGGCAAGGGGGAAGGGGGCCAAAAGGAAGUGAAGGGGGAGAGGGACGAAGGAAAGGGGGAAGGUGAACGCGACAGGAAUUCCGCUCUCUCUCUGUGUGUGUUGACGGCGAACAGUGGGACGGGGGCAACGGGGAAGUGAUUUUCGCAGGAUGUUGCGAACGAACUAGUGAAGACUAAUUACGGUGGAAGGAGAUUGAAUGCCAAGACAUGUAGAUAAGAAGCAGGGUACCUUGUCAGUAAUUGGGACAAUGGUGGGGUUUGGUGUGCGCGGUGACUUGAGUUGUGGCGGCUACGUGUCGGUUUGGGGAGAAAGAGAGAAGUCGGUCAUCUACAUUGUGUAGGGAUUGUAAGUGUCGACGACGUCCCGUAUAUCGUGCCAUACGUUUGGAUGGGUGGCUGUUUGAAGUGUGAAGGAAUAUCCCCUUUGCUUGAUUUCAUUGUAUGUCGUCUCUCUGUUUGUGCUCCUGGCGCUGUGUUUUGUGGAAAAGGGAAGGAGAGAUUAUGAGGAGAGGGACAUCAACUGUACGAUUUGUUUACUGUGAUUUUAUCUGGUUCGCGAUAUCUUUUCCUUUCCAAGUGGCCGUUGAGAGAGAGCCCAAGGCCCUCUCGUCUCCUCCUGCUGGUAUUCAGGAAACACUUUGUGAGAGGAGGAUUCAUGCAUGCGCUGCGUCACUCCUUAAACGUGGGAGGUGUCUGUGGUGACACAUGUUGGCGGGAGAAUCUCUCCUCCAUUUGGCAGGAGACUCUUUCCUCCGUUUGGCAGGGGAUCCUUUCCUCCCUUUGGCGGCAAAUUUUCUCCUCCAUUUGGCGGGAGAUUCUUUCCUCCGUUGGAGGGAGGUUCUCUACUUCUCCGGUUGCCUGGACGUCGUCCUCGUUUCUGGCGGGAUAUUCUGUGUUUCUCUGUUUGCUGCCUGGGUUUUCUCACCAUCUCCUCGAUUGGGCGGGGACGUUCGUUCUCUUCUCCUCCCCUGUCUGUCCUGACUGCUCUACUUAGCUGUACUUCGACGAUGUCUAUCCUUCUGAACCCUACCUCUGGAGGGAGUUUCUCUCCUCCAUGGAAAGCCGACGGCGGCGGGUAUUUCCUCUGCGGGGGCGGCGCACUGAUGGGAUCUGGAGAGCGGAUGUGAUCACUUCUUCACGCACACUGGGUUAUGAGAGAAAAAUAAGAAUCAUGAAGUUGAGGGGAAAAGAAAAAGAAUUAUGAAACUUGUCGGAAGAGGCGCGAAAGAUGCUGAUGUCACACACUUCCAAGUUAUUGUAAUGGCCUUGAUUGAGUGGAGCGUUAGCUCUGUCGUAGUUAUCAGCCGUAAUCCUCUGUGUCUCCCGCGCUGAUUGCUCUCCUGUCCUGAAUUCCUAAUCUCGGAGUUCCAUGCCUAAUCUUGUUGUUCAUUCAAGGAAAGUCGAUUGGCUUUUCACAAGAGUAGGACGUAGCCUUCGGAGGUAGAUUUUGCCAUCAUCGAAUCAAAUUGUUGUAAUUGAUGAGGUGCAUAGCCCUCGGAGGUGGAUUGCCGUCAAUCGAUUGGACUCGUUGACUGAUGGGGGGAUUGCGAUAAUCGAUUGGAUUCGUUGUGAUGGGUGGAUUACCUUUAUGGAUUGGUUGACAUUUGGGUAAUGAGUGUGGACUGAUUGGUGAAUUGGGAUUGUCACGGUGUCCCGUAUGUUGCUUCUCUUUCAAUCAAUCUUCCAGCGUUUGUAUACUUGGUAGCCGCGCAUCAGACAGAGCCAGCUGCCCUCUCUGGCAGUUAGCGAGAAAGCUGAUCGUCUGGGCCGGACUUGUGCUGGGUUGGAAGCAGGGCGGGGCUGACCUUCUUUCUGUACGAGAUCUUUGUGCCGUCGAUGAGUUUGUUGAAAUUUGGAUCACGCUGCGUGAUGUGCGCGCACACACACACACACACAGCGAGAGCGAGCGAGAGAGAGAGAGAGAGAGAGAGAGAGAGAGAAUUGGUCAGUUCUUUCGUUUCUGGGUUGUGAUGCUCGCGGCGAAUUGGUGUUGACAGGAAUGUCUAUCAGGGAUUUGAAAAGGCAACAAAUCUUCACGAACCAGUUUGUCUUUUCUCGAGCGCUGGUGUAACAAGUCGUCAUCGGGAUCGGAGGCCGACUUCGUUUUUUUCUCCUUUCGAAAACAUGUUUUUAUUUAGGGAAAAUUUGUCUGGCGCCCCUGUAAUUUCCAUUAUUUCGCGGCACGCCCCUCCGACGGCCCACUUGCCCUGUCGUGCCCCUGGGGCCUCUGAACUUUCCUGCAUGCCGCUGUCAGCGAGGGGCGCAACUUUCCACGGUGCCCUUGCUGGACGGCCAGUCUCAUUUCACCGGUCCCUGUGCGAUAUGCCCUCAUGAGCGGCAUACAUCUUUCCAUCAUGCCCUCGCGCCUGAAAUUUGGAUUUGAAGCACGUGGUCGCUGCCCCAAAAAACGACUGUGUGCGUGUGUGUGUGUGUGUGUGUGUGUGUGUGAGAGAGAGAGAGAGAGAGAGAGAGAGAGAGAGAGAGAGAGAGAGAGCGCGUGUGUGUGUGUGUGUGUGUGUGUGUGUGUGAGUGAGUGAGAGAGAGAGAGAGAGAGAGAAAUGAAGAGAAAUGAAUGUGUGUGUGUGUGUGUGUGAGAGAGAGAGAGAGAGAGAGAGAGAGAGAGAGAGAGAGAGAGAGAGAGAGAGAAAUGAAGAGAAAUGAAGUGGCCGUCAUGCGCGUAGCCAUAGAGGUGCGCUGAAAACAUGUACCCUACCGAUAGGGGCAUAUGGAAAAUUUUGGUGCCGGUACUCGACGGCUAUGCGGUAGGGGCAUACUGCAAAUUUGGAACGGGGUAAGUCGGCCAUCCGGGGGGCGCGGCGCAAAAUAAUGGAAAUUACAGGGGCAGAUGAACUUUCCCUUUUAUUUAUUUACAAGCCCGGGAACGGGCCCGCCGCCGCCCAGACCGCAGGGCUCGAUCCCUAGACCUGGCCCUCACCCGUGUACAGUACCAAGUCGACCCUGUGUGUUUGAACCCGUGACCUGUGUCUUAGUAGUCGCCUGUCGAUCNGCCUGUCGAUCCCUAGACCUGGCCCUCACCCGUGUACAGUACCAAGUCGACCCUGUGUGUUUGAACCCGUGACCUGUGUCUUAGUAGUCGCCUGUUAUCUGUCGUAGGUUGUGUGGUCAUCAGGUCUCGAUUCGUGGGUCAGUCGAGUAGGGGUCGUAGCUGCUACAGUCCUGAAAGGUCAAGGUCGUAGCUGGUACAGUACCGAAAGGCCAAGUCUACAGACUUCCGGAAGUGGCCUUUCCAGAAUGACUCAGGUUAGGCUAGAGGCAAGUGGCCAAGUGGAUAGUCCAACCCUGUCUAGUCAGGGUUACCCUGUCCCAGCCGCACUUUGUCCAGUCAGCAAGUACCAUGUGGGGCUGUGUGCACCCUAGCCCCGACGGAAAGGAGCAGACCAGCGACCAAGCGAAGUAUAAAUCAAGAGGCAGCGUCCAGUUAUUCAUUCAUUCAGACUGUGAGCCGUGUGGAAGCGCUGCCUAAGCGACUUGUGCAAGGUCUGCAGGUGCCCGAGGGAGAAGUGGGCUGUGCUGUGAGGGAGAUGAAGUGGCCAUAGCCUCUAGUUAGUGAAGGCGCACAGGCGCCAUAGCCAUUUGAAGCAAGUUGAAUCUGAACUGUGAUCUCGGCCUUGAUAUAUCUCUGAGCUUUGUGUGGCGCCUGGCACCAGGGUGACUGCCAUCUGUUUUCAUGCAUGCUGAGAAAGAAAGGAGACGAGUCUGAUUGCAUGACGGAG